AUGAAGCUCCGUCGCCCUCGUCUCCACGUCCAGCAUUCCCAAUCCGCCUUCGCGGAGGGCAACGUCCGCUGGACGAACCUCGAUCUCGACCCUGUGCCUCGACAUCGCCGACACUGGGGCCCGUGGAGUUUUAUCGCAUACUGGAUCUCCGAUGCCUUCAACGCCGCAACCUGGCAGUUCGCCAGCAGCAUCAUGGCCGUCGGGCUCGGCUGGCGCGAAAGUCUCGGCAUCAUCGCGCUGUCCUUCUUCAUCAUCUCCUUCGUCAUCGCCGCCAACGGCGCCGUCGGCGCAAUCUACCACAUUCCGUUUCCCGUCAUCGCCCGCGCCAGCUGGGGGUUCUGGGGCUCGUACAUUGCCAUCAUCUCGCGUGUCAUCUUGGCGCUGUUUUGGUUCGCCAUUCAGAACGUUAAUGGUGGCAAUGCCGUCCGCGUCAUGCUCGGUGCUAUUUGGCCGAGUUUCCUGACGAUGGGGAAUGGGAUCCCGGAGGGUGAGGGUAUCACGACCAAUGGUAUGAUCUCGUACCUUAUUUUCUGGAUCGUGCAGUUUCCGUUCCUCUGGAUUCAUCCGAAUCAGGUGCGCUGGCUGUUUAUUGCCAAGAGUGUUUUGGUCCCUGUGGCGUGGAUUGCGAUCCUUGUGUGGGCGUUUGUUGCGGAGAAUGGGGGUGCGCUGUUUGAGCAGAAGGCUACCGUGACGGGGUCCAGUUAUAGUUGGUUGUUCUUGGGUAGUAUGACGAGUGUGUUGGGGAAUUAUGCCACUCUGAGUGUGAAUCAGAGCGACUUCUCCCGCUACUCUCGCUCCACCGCGAAAUGGCAGCUCCUCUACGUCCCCAUGCUCCCCAUCGUCUUCACCUUCAUCUCCUUCAUCGGCAUCGCCGCCUCCUCCGCCGGCGCUGCCCGCUACUACAACAACGCCUCCAUCCCCUGGGACCCCCUCGACCUAAUCAGCCACUGGUCCAGCCGCGCCUGUCGCUUCUUCGCCGCCUUCUCCUUCGCCCUCGCCUCCCUGGGCGUCAACAUCUCCGCCAACUCCAUCUCCGCCGCCAACGACCUGACCGCGCUCCUGCCCGGGUACGUCAAUCUGCGCCGCGGGCAGAUCAUCUGCGGCAUUCUCUCGUGGUGUCUCGUGCCGUGGAAGAUCCUCGAAAGCGCCGGCAACUUCCUCAACUUCAUGUCUGCGUACGCCGUCUUCCUGGGCCCCAUCGCGGCCAUCAUGCUCUGGGACUUCUGGGUCCUGAAGCGCAGGAAAUACGACACCCUGGCGCUGUAUCAGCCGCGGAACCCGAUCUACAGCUACGGCGGGUGGGGCGUCAAUUGGCGCGCCAUCGUCGCUUUCUUGGUCGGUGUGGUGCCCAAUCUACCGGGUCUGAUUCACUCGGUGAAUGGGAGUAUCCCUGUUGGAGAGGGCGAGCAUCCGUAUGAGUUUGGCUGGCUGCUGGGGUUUGUGGGCACGAGUGUUGUUUACGUGGGCGUGUCGUGGAUGUGGCCUUGUUCGGAGAGUUUGGUGGCUCGGGCGGUCAUGGCGGAGGAGGUUUAUGACGGGAUUGAGGUGGAGGGGGCUGGGGAUGGGGAGGAGGGGAGGAAGGAGGUCGGUGAGAAGGGGAUGAGGAAUGGGUAUAGGGAGAGGGAUGUGGAGGGAUGA